AGAGUUAUAGUUUUAUAGAGAUGGAGAGAGGGGCUAUAUUUUUUACAGGAUUAUUUGCUAUUACAGGGUAUUUCCUUUAUCAAUUUUUUGGAGUUGAACCAGAAGCGGGAUAUGGAUGGGGCACUUUCAAAACAAUCAACACAUAGAACUUCUUCAAAUAAACAACAAUCAAAACAACAAUUAAAGCAGCAAUCAAAACAACAAUCAAAACAACAAUCAAAGCAACAAUCAAAACAACCAAAACCAAAAUCACAAAAACAAGUAGAACCAAAAAAAGUAGAAACCAAACCAACAGUUGUUGAUGUUAAACCAAAAGAAAUUAAAAAAUCAGUAGUUGAAAAUAAACCAAAAGAAGAAGAGGUUAAAAAAGCUGAAACCAAUCCAACAGUUGUCGAAACCAAUCCAAAAGCUAUCGAAACCAAUCCAAAAGCCAUCGAAACCAAACCAAAAACUAUCGAAACCAAACCAACAGUUGUCGAAACCAAACCAACAGUAGUUGAAGAUAAACCAAAAGAAAUUAAAAAACCAGUAGUUGAAGAUAAACCAAAAGAUACCAAAAAGAAACAAUCACUACCACAACAAACACCUAAAGUUAUUGAACCAGUCAAAUCAUCAUCACAACCAAAGGCCAACACUAAAGUUGCUGAAACAGAAUUAAAUUUCAAUGAUGGUUCAUGGAAAGUUGUUAAGCAAGGUCCAACUGAAUUUGAAAAAAUGUCAAACUUAAAAUCGGUCUUAAAUGAAACUAAAGCUCAACUUGAAAAAGAACGUGAUGAAAGUUCAAUUAGAAUUUCAAUUUUAACCGAGUCACACAAUAAAGCUAUUCAUGCAAAAGAAUUAAAAGAAUUGGCUCUUCAAGAAAAGAUCAAGAGAUUAGAACAACAAAUUGAAAAUGUUAAAGUUGAUGGUGUUCAAGCAACCACCCAAACCAAUAACCCAUUAAGCCAAUAUGACUAUACCCAUGCCGAUUCUAGUAAAAUUAAUGAAUUAAAAGGAAAAUUAGAAACUCUUCUUUCAGAAAAAGAAUCAUCCGAAAAAGAAUUCAAUGGCCAAAUUUCAAGUCUUCAACAACAAAUUAAAUCAUUCAAUGAUAAAAUCACUGAACUCACCAAUGUUCUCUUACAAAAGGAUUCAAAGAUUGCCGAACUCUCUUCAGGCCAAACCAACAAAGAAUCUGAAUUAGAAAAGAUA